AUGGAAGCCACUGUCAAUGCCAUCCUGAAGGGUUCAUACCAGGCUGAACUUCUGUCCAGGUACCCAGCUGGUUUUUCAUCACCCUCAUCAGACAUCUCUGACUUCAAGGCCCAUGUGACUCUCCUCCUUUCAGCUGUGCCCAAAUUUUGCAUAGCUCGAACUGUCCCUUAUGCACUUCAGGAUAAACUAUGCGUGGAAUUACAAUACCUGCAGGAUGACAGGGUGCUGACACUGGUGUCCAGCAGCCACUGGGCAAUGUCCAUCAUCGUCAAGAAGUUCAGUGGAGGACUGCAUAUCUGUGGAGACUUUAGCACUACUGUCAACAUCUAA